AUGAGCGCGAUACAAAACCCAACCAACGCUAACGUUAACACAAAACCUGCUUUACAUGGUGUUAAGAUCAAAACGAGAAAGAGCCAGCAAAAAGCUCAGGCUAAAUACGAGCCUAUUGUUUUUAGAGAUAGUAUUUUAAAAAUUCUUUCGGGAGCUCAACCUGAUAACUUUGAAGAAAUCUCUCAAACCCUAGACGCAGCCGGCAAUACAGUUGACUUUAGAAAAUACGGUGAAACUUUAUUUGAAAUCCUUCUCACCGGCGGUGUAUUAGCCCCCGGAGGCACAAUUAUUGACGAUGGCGCACAACGUAGUCCAUUUUCAAUUUUCUCCGCACAAGAUAAUAUCGAAAGUAUUAAAAAACAUGUUGAAGUUUUCGAUAAGCUAAUUCGUCAACGUUAUAAAUAUUUGCAGCGUAGUUUUGAAGACACUAUAAAAAAUUUACUUCAAUAUAUCAACAAAUGGAGAUCCGAGGAAAAUUAUAAACUUGCCACUGCGAUUGGCUUGUUUGCUUCUGGUCAGAUGACCAACCUUAACUUUUUGACUGUUCUUUUUAAAGAACAUCUUGUUAAAGAAGGCCUCUCCCUCCAAUUUGUUACUGCCGUAUUCAAAGCUUAUCUUGGUGAACAAAGUAUUGAACACCUAGGCGGUUCUCUUAAAAAAGCUGGAAUAGACAACAAGCUUUUGGAAUUUUUCCCUCCAAAUAAACGAGAUGAGGAAUACUUUGCCCGUUAUUUUGGAGCUGAGGACAUGAAACAGCUAGUUGAAUAUCAUAGUCAAAAACAAAGAAAUUCGUUAAAAGAACAAACUAUUGAUCACGUUAAGGAAAUGUUGAGGAAUGAAGGCACUUCUCAAGAGAUUGUUGUUUACCUUAAACAACGUAUCAAGGAAGGUAAUUGGCCGGAAAACGAUUUUGUUCAAAUAGUCUGGGAUGCAUUGAUGCAAGCCGUUGAUUGGAGCACUCGCCCAGAAAUGAUUGAAAAUCAAGCUUCACGUCAAAUCAAAAAAAAUGCUGAAAUUCUCGCUGCAUUUGCUUCUAAUCCUAAGUCGGAAGUUGCACUUUUGCAAAAAAUUCAAAUUUAUUGCCACGAAGAUACAAGAUUGAUGAAACAUUUUCGUUUAAUUGUAAAGAUUUUGUAUGAAAAAGAUGUUGUGUCUGAGAACGCUAUCUUUUAUUGGUAUGAGAAAGGUGCCAAACCUUAUGGUAAAGGGUUGUUUUUAAAACAAAUGGAAUCAUUUGUUAAUUGGCUUAGGACUGUUGAAACUGAUAGUGAAGAAGAAGACGACGAAGACGAAGAAUAG